GAGACAGCGCACGCUAGCAGGGACGGCGCUCAGGAGGCGACUACAAGUGUUGAGGUCUCUAUAGAGGGAGGCUCAUCCCAUCCCCAAAAAGAAAAAUUCAUUGACAACAUUUUAUUAUCUUGAGUGUUGUGUACAUUUGAUGGAUUGUUUUCCAAGCUAAAAAUACCAAUGUGAAAGAAGUCAUUCCAGGAGAACUAAUGAUGAAGGAGUUACCAAGCACUGGCGUAUGUGUCGACAGUUCUGGAUCUUGGAGAAGUUGUGCACUGCGGAAGGUCAAAGCAGCAACCUUUGCCAGUUAGGGAAUGGACCGUUUGGGUUCCUUUAGCAAUGAUCCCUCUGAUAAGCCACCUUGUAGAGGCUGCUCCUCCUACCUCAUGGAACCUUACAUUAAGUGUGCUGAAUGUGGGCCACCUCCUUUUUUUCUCUGCUUGCAGUGUUUCACUAGAGGAUUUGAAUAUAAGAAACAUCAAAGCGAUCAUACAUAUGAAAUAAUGACCUCAGACUUUCCUGUUCUUGACCCCAGCUGGACUGCUCAAGAAGAAAUGGCCCUUUUAGAAGCUGUGAUGGACUGUGGCUUUGGGAAUUGGCAAGAUGUGGCCAAUCAGAUGUGCACCAAGACCAAGGAAGAGUGUGAAAAACACUACAUGAAGCAUUUCAUCAAUAACCCUCUGUUUGCUUCUACCCUGCUAAACCUGAAACAAGCAGAGGAGGCAAAGACUGCUGACACAGCCAUUCCAUUUCACUCUACAGAUGACCCUCCCCGACCUACCUUUGACUCCUUGCUUUCUCGAGACAUGGCAGGAUACAUGCCAGCUCGAGCAGAUUUCAUUGAGGAAUUUGACAAUUAUGCUGAAUGGGACUUGAGAGACAUUGAUUUUGUUGAAGAUGACUCGGACAUUUUACAUGCUCUGAAGAUGGCUGUGGUAGAUAUCUAUCAUUCCAGGCUAAAGGAGAGACAAAGACGAAAAAAAAUUAUAAGAGAUCAUGGAUUAAUCAACCUUAGAAAAUUUCAAUUAAUGGAAAGGAGGUAUCCCAAGGAAGUCCAAGACCUCUAUGAAACAAUGAGGCGAUUUGCAAGGAUUGUGGGGCCAGUGGAACAUGACAAAUUCAUUGAAAGCCAUGCACUGGAAUUUGAACUUCGAAGGGAAAUUAAGAGACUUCAGGAAUAUAGGACAGCAGGCAUCACCAAUUUUUGUAGUGCCAGGACAUAUGAUCACCUAAAGAAGACACGUGAGGAGGAACGCCUUAAACGCACCAUGCUCUCGGAAGUUCUGCAGUAUAUCCAGGACAGCAGUGCAUGCCAGCAAUGGCUCCGCCGGCAAGCUGACAUUGAUUCUGGACUGAGUCCUUCCAUUCCAAUGGCUUCAAAUUCAGGUAGACGGAGUGCACCACCCUUGAACCUUACUGGCCUCCCUGGCACGGAGAAACUGAAUGAAAAAGAAAAGGAGCUCUGUCAGAUGGUGCGGUUGGUCCCUGGAGCCUAUUUAGAAUACAAAUCUGCUCUCCUGAAUGAAUGUAAUAAACAAGGAGGCUUGAGACUGGCACAAGCAAGAGCGCUCAUCAAGAUAGAUGUGAACAAAACCAGGAAAAUCUAUGAUUUCCUCAUCCGAGAAGGGUACAUCACUAAAGCUUGAGGUUGUAAGGCCCUCGGAUCCCAAGUCUGAACUUUGGAAUGUGGAUCAGAGCACAGUAUACACUCUGGGGCGACUUCUCAUUGAGCUGAACUCUCAUUGUACAAAAAGGAGACAAAUGAAGUCUUAUGUUGUGUUACUCUACCCUGCUUUUAAAGCACUCCUGUUGUUGGUAUUGUGCUGUGGAGUUGUGUGCUAGAUAGGCUAUUAUUAAAUGUGAGUGGGCAUUCAUUCCUAACACUUUCUGUAACUAAAACAAGAACCAUAGUACCUCACAUCAGUGUUGGUAGAAAUAGAACCAAACCAACCACAGUGCUUAGUCUCAGGAGUCCAGCUCAUCUGGUGCUUGAGAGCUAAGUUUGCUCAUUAUCUAUUUUGCCUUCAGACAUCACAGAUUUAAAAAGAAGAGAAAGGUUUUAGAGCAUCAGAAAUCUUUCUUUCCUAGUUUUUUUUUAAAGCUGACAAUUUUAUAUUUAUGAACAAAGAAGAGGAAAAUCUCUCCAUGAUGGUCUUGUCCCAAGCUGCGUUGUUAGUAUCUGGCUUUAUGUUAUCAGUCUGGCUCUCUGAUCUGUAGUAGACUAUUGAGCUGGUAGUGCCGGAUAUAAAAUGUUUCUGUUAUUUUUAGAAAUGGUGGAUUAAAAUGUUUUGCUGUUUAAUUUGUGGAUGUGUCAAAUAUUGUAAAUAAAUACUCUGAGGGUGUUGUUUGCUCGCCCCAUUGUGCCGCA